CCUCCGUGCUUGCCUACUGGGCGGAGUCCUUGCUGUGUUGUGACGCAGCUCCGCCCGGCUAGUAGUCUUCGGCUGUGGUGAGGGAAGCGCAAAAUGGCGGACGGAGAGUUGAACGUAGACAGCCUGAUCAGCCGCCUGCUGGAGGUGAGAGGAUGCCGUCCUGGAAAGAUCGUGCAGAUGACCGAAGCCGAGGUCCGGGGGCUCUGUAUAAAGUCCCGGGAAAUCUUCCUCAGUCAGCCCAUCCUGCUGGAGCUGGAGGCGCCUCUGAAGAUCUGCGGCGAUAUCCACGGGCAGUACACAGACUUGCUGCGGCUGUUUGAAUACGGAGGAUUUCCGCCGGAGGCCAACUACCUGUUCCUGGGGGAUUACGUGGACAGAGGGAAGCAGUCGCUGGAAACGAUCUGCCUGCUGCUGGCGUACAAAAUCAAAUACCCCGAGAACUUCUUCCUGCUGCGAGGGAACCACGAGUGCGCGAGCAUCAACCGCAUCUACGGCUUCUACGACGAGUGCAAAAGGAGAUUUAAUAUAAAGCUGUGGAAGACUUUCACCGACUGCUUCAACUGUCUGCCCAUCGCCGCCAUCGUGGACGAGAAGAUUUUCUGCUGCCACGGAGGUCUCUCGCCUGAUCUGCAGUCCAUGGAGCAAAUCCGCAGAAUCAUGAGGCCCACGGACGUCCCCGACACAGGCUUGCUGUGUGACCUGUUGUGGUCGGACCCCGAUAAGGACGUGCAGGGCUGGGGUGAGAACGACCGCGGCGUCUCCUUCACGUUUGGGGCCGACGUGGUCAGCAAGUUCCUGAAUCGCCACGACUUGGAUCUGAUUUGUCGCGCCCACCAGGUGGUGGAAGACGGCUACGAGUUCUUCGCCAAGCGGCAGCUGGUGACCCUGUUCUCUGCCCCCAAUUACUGCGGAGAGUUUGAUAACGCGGGCGGCAUGAUGAGUGUUGACGAGACCCUGAUGUGCUCUUUCCAGAUUCUGAAGCCAUCGGAGAAGAAAGCAAAAUACCAAUAUGGCGGCUUGAACUCCGGCCGCCCCGUGACGCCCCCCCGGACAGCCAAUCCCCCCAAGAAGAGGUGAAGAGGGUCCGCCGCGCUUCGUGACACCACCUGAUCUCCAUUACAAGCUCCACCGUAUAAUAAGUGCGCACCGUUAAUCACCCGGCCGUUCAAUCCUCUUUCCAACGUCGCACGCGUUUACCUUCACCAGACGGCCCCCGAAAUGAGUCAAUUCAGCUGCAACCCCCCCCCCCAAAAUAAAGGUUCGAUGGUCUGCAGCAGCCUGCAGAGCCCCUCCCCCGAAGGGCCGUCUAAGACUUUUUAUUGCAGAAAAAAAUCUCUAAUGGAAAGAAACCUGGGGGGGGUCGCAUUAACGCAUGCUUUCACAUUAACCCUUUCAGUGCUGGCUGGGUCUGCAGGGUAACAGAAAAAAUAAUUCACAGUAACCGUUGUAAACGUUUGUUCGAUGGCGUUAAUCGUUUUUCGCUUCCCCCUCACGCACUUUUUGCGUUUUUUGUUUGUUUUCUGAAACUUUUUGUCACCUGAACUUCCGCGGCUUUUAUAAUCCGUCUGAUUAUUUAAAGAGUUGGUUUUAAAUUCCAGGUUGCAGGAAUCGCUCAUUUCAUGUGUUCUGUGGUAUCUCCCCCCCCCUCUAUGCAUAUAGGUGUGUGUUUGGUUUUUAUGUUUUUCCUCCCCAUUACUUGGCUCUGUAGACUGCUCUUCCAGCUCAAACUGCUUUCUGAGAUUAAAGAUGAUGAUUCUUGUUGAUGCGCGCGGCUCGUGCCGCCGGCUCGCUUUAUGAACUGCUCGACCUGUCGCAAGGAGAACAUAUUUGAUUAUUGGCAGCGCCUCUCCCCUCCGGCCCCCCGGAGCCUCGCCCGAGUGACCCGCUCGGUAAUCCACGUCGUCUUUCGUUUCCUCGGCUUCAUAAAGCUGUUUUACCUUCGAUGCUAGGAAUCGCAUGUCAGUCCGAUACGUUUGGUCAGAGUUUUCACCUCACUUGAGGCCGUUUUGGGUUUUCACGUAUUCGCAGAACUCUGUUUUUCAUCGGGUUUGGACUCUUGGGUGCACUUGGACCGCUUCCCUGCGUUGGUGGCCGCCUCUAACACCCCCCAGUAACUUAUUCUUCGCAAACAGCCACAAAUCUGACAAUGUAAUUUUCUGAAUGAAUUGUAUUCUUUGCCGGCUUUCACUGCUAUAAAUAUCUAAAUAUUUUUUGUGUUCUACCAUUCAAUAAAAUGUCAAAAGAAAA